AUGCAACCCCCUUCGUUUCCACUAGCCUUCUCCACAAAAGGUACGAAUGAGCUACCAAUCGCACUACCAUCGAUUCAGAAAUCAGCAAUCCUAGAUGCAAAGAAUAGAGCCGAACCUAACAGUUACGACCUUCACUGUUUUUCACAUUCUCAGCAGCAUCACCUACUGCACUGGCGAGUAAUUCGUCCACGUAUUUUUCACUUCAGGGCUAUUACAACAUGGAUGAGUCUUGCGUCGGACUUUACCACCCCUCCUAACUCUCAACCAAAACGCUUUAACAAUCAGAUCGUUGUGACAUCACAAGUGAACACUCCACUCACCAAUGCCACUGCAACUGUACCACCGCAACUUUGUCGUCACUCCACACCGCUGCCAAUUAGCAAAUGUUGUCUGCAGACCUGCCUUCACCUUUGCAAGAAUGUCUGCAUGCCUCCUUCAAAUCUGGUUGACGUGAACCCACUCGCAGACCUUCAUUUCAGCUUUCUCACCGUCGCUGCUGGAACACGUAACACUAACAAUGGGAGGCUAGGCAACGUCAGUGGUGCAACCGCAGUCCCUUUAAAGGCGAAAGACGAUGAUGCAAAGGAAAACAACGUGUUUGGUACUGACAUCGAAUCGUCAACAUCAGCUCCACACUGCAACAGCAUGCAAUCAGCACCAACCCUCAUCUGUCUGUGCCUCCUCGUCGCUAUCGCAUCGUAUCCUGUCUUUGCCACCGCAGCGAUUGUGGAAAACGCGAGAGCAGAGGAAAAGAAAGAGGAGGAAGACGAGGGCGUUCUGAGGUUGGCGUCAGAGCUGUCCGAUGUGAGUGAGGCCAAAGAAGGUGACGAUGUGGUGCCAGACGUGUUUGAGAUGGAGAGACUUAGCGUACCCAACGAGGUUGAAGAGGACGCAGAUGUUCUCGUGCCAGCAAGGCCGCGACGUCGAUGGAGAAGAAUCAACUGUGGUCCUCCUUACGGAAGCCGACGACGAAGGCGCCACCCACGUCCAAUCUAUCAGCCUCGUUUACCCUAUUGA